GUCCUCGUGAGGAACAGGGUCUUCUACGUGUUGUCACAGCACGAGGAUUUUUCCCGGCUGCACCAAGAGCACAGAGAAGCCAUUGCCACCGCGUGCCAGAUACGGUGUUUGCCUGGAGGCUCGGAGGCCAGUUGGGAGGACGUGUGCGUCAUCAUGGCUGUAAAUGGCGAGGUUCAGCUGGAUCUUUCGACUGGUCCACAGCACCUGCUUGGUGCUUCGUCCGAUCUGCAUGUGUUCGGCAUGCCGAAUCGGGAGCUGCAGAUGCCACUCAAGCUCCACGCGCUUGCUGAUUCGAAAAUCGCGGUUUGGCAACGCGAGGACCUGGAGAGCAUCCUCACGUUCCAUGACUUUGAUGGAGCUUUGGAGCAGCAUAGCAAGGUCCGAAGUCUGCGCUCUGUGUUUGUUUUCUCGACGCUGUCCAAGCACCGACUUCAACGUUUGGCACGUGCCUUGGAGAUUGAGACGGUCAAGAGUGGCAGCCGCGUCUUUGCACAAGGUGAUCAAGGAACGCACUUCUACAUCAUCCGAAAGGGCGCAGUCAGCGUGGAAAUCGAUGGCUGUCAGAAGCGCCGGCUUGGCCAUGCGGAUUAUUUCGGGGAGCGUGCUUUGCUGGGAAACGAAGUUCGCAGUGCCAGCAUCACUGCUCUGGAGGACACGGAGCUUUGGAAAAUGGGUAAAGAAACCUUCCAGGAAAUGAUGCAAGGCCAGUGUCUGGACUACCUCAAAGACCGGAUCUCUUUGCAGGACACAGCUUUGACUUUUAAAGACCUCGAGUUCGUCCGGGUUAUCGGACGAGGUGGCUUUGGAGUUGUGAAGAUGGUUCGUGCCAAGAAGACUGGAGUCAGGUAUGCCUUGAAGUGCGUCCGAAAACGUGAUGUGGUGGAAAAAAAUAUGCAAGAUGCCUUGCUGUCAGAGCUGGACAUAUUGAAAGAGGUCGACCAUCCAUUUAUUGUCAAGUUUGUGCGGUCAUUUCGGGACGAGAGAUCCGUCUUCUUCCUGACAGAAUUGGUAACCGGCGGCGAACUGCUGGAUGCACUCGAUGCACUUGGACUCUUGAAUCACUGGCAGGCAUUGUUCUACACCGGAUGCAUUGUCCUUGCGCUCGAGUUUCUGCAUUCCCGCCGCAUCGCAUACCUCGAUCUCAAGAGCGAGAACUGUCUAAUUGAUCAGCAGGGAUAUCUCAAGAUGAUCGAUUUCGGCAUCGCGCAGCACAUUACCAAGACCAGGUAUGGGCCCCUGAAGGGCACCCCAGUCUUCAUGGCGCCUGAGAUGAUCCUUGGCAAGGGGAACUCCACCGUGGCAGACUUGUGGAGCCUGGGCAUUUGCCUGUACGAGUUUGUCGUUGGCCAGUUUCCUUUUGCCAGUAACUGCUCCAAUCGUGGCCAGAUCUUCCACCAGAUCUUGCGAGCCCCAUUGCGAUUCCCCGAGUGGUUUUACAAACAGCCGAUGGCGGAGGAAACAAUGGGCCUCCUUCGGGGUCUCUUGUCGAGAGAUCCCAAAAGACGGCUGGGCGCUGGUCACGAAGGAUAUGCGAAGCUGAAGGCGCAUCCUUUCUUCAAAUCGCUGUGCUGGGAAAAGCUGCUAUGUCGUGAGUAUGACCCUCCCUACAUCCCGGCGACGGAGAAAUAUGCUGAGGACAAGAGCCAGCCUGUGAACCCGAAGUCGGUGGGAAAGCCUCUGCCUACGGUGGAAGAAGAGGAG